AUGCUUCAGGUGCGAUCGCAGUCCUGGGUGCUGAAUCCGCCACGCUUGAUAUCGAUACGUGGUCCUCUUACCGAGCCGGGGAUGUUGUACAUUGGCGGAUACGAUGGCAACCUACCGCAUCACCUUGCCAUGCUUUCCGGAUUCCAUGGAUGCAUGAAAAAGAUUCGCUUGAACGGACGUUCGAUCGCUUUCCGUCCCGAACAUGGUCAACACAUUCGCGAAUGUGGAGCCGAUCCCUGUGCGGCUGCCGGGCAUAAACGUCAACUGACGUUGUCCAUCAAUGAUGCAACACCCAUUACCACUAUGGCGCCAGGCGAUUCCGAAGAGCUCAACGUUUACAAAGGGCUGUUCAUCGGUGGAAUGCCUCCUGACUCUCAACACCUAGAUGGAUUCCGGGGCUGCAUUGAGUUCAUCGAGAUUGGAUCGACAGUUGUCGAUCAUCCGGAAGAAGCCACCACGGCUGUCAAUAUUGAAAAUUGUGAUUUGUAG